AUGACGAAUCCCGUAUCAACCCUGUCGCCGCAUGAGCGGAUGAGAGUGGACGACUACCUGAAUGAUAAAAUUCAGAUAUCUGCUGAUUUGGAAAGUCUCGAAGCGUUGCUCACAAGCUUGCGGGCUCAGCAUGAGCUUCAACGAAAGCAGCUAGCAGAAGCACAGGAAGCCCUUUCAAAUGCCACCAAAGCAUCUAACGACCAUGCCGAGGCUACUCGCAAACGGGCAGAAGCUUUCAAUGAGCAACAGGCCGAUAUCGAUCAACGUCUCAAAGCGCUUACAGGAUCCGAUGCUAGUGACGAGGCAGCGAAGCGAUUUGAAUCAAGCAUAAAGAAACUUCGGAGACUUGAGCUGUCAAGAGGCUAUGUUGCGUUACUGAAGGACGCCGAGGAUUUGAGUAAGGAGGCCUUGCGAAAUGUACACUCCGAGCCUAGAUUGGCGAUUGCGUCCUAUUCCAGACUACGGAAUAUCGUUGUUUCCCUCGAAGAAGCCCAGCCCGCCGCAGAAGGGGCGAGCCCUCACUUGGUAGAUUAUGUGGGGAGACUAGCCUCAAAACUGAAAGAGCAAAUGAAAGGGGAGUUUACGAAGCGCCUCCAGGGAACUUUGGAGAAGAUGAAAUGGCCAUCCAAGGAGCUACACUUCCCGGAAGACCUCAAGGCGCAAUGGGCCGAUAGUGUGGAGCUUCUCCUCGACUUGCAGACCCCGGAACUGAGCGGCCGUGAAUCUGCCCCAAAUCAUAAGAGUGCUGACCCUCCAAUACUGUUCCCACUGGAGGUGAUGGUUCAUCCGCUCGAGCUUCGUUUUAGAUACCACUUUAGUGGCGAUAAACCAACAAACAGGCUUGAAAAGCCCGAGUAUUUCCUCGCUCACAUUACAGAUCUAAUCAAUAACUUUGGGGGCUUCUUCGCCUCGUCUCUGCAACCCAUCUUUGACCAACAGGCACAGGCUGUCGGGCCGAAGCUAGAGUGGAAUUUUUAUAAUGCUUCCCAUGCAUAUAUUACAGCUCUCUUGCCAAUGUUAAGGCAGAAAAUAACAACCUAUCUCCCACACAUCUCGUCUCACCCUCAACUACUAAGUCACUUUGUUCAUGAACUUAUGAAUUUCGAUAACGACAUUCGCGAGACGUGGAAUUACUUGCCAGAUCCGUAUUCGGAUGAAGAAUGGAAGGGAAUUACCUGGGAGGUCUUGUCUAAAGAAGGAUGGUUUGACCGCUGGCUUCAGGUCGAGAAAGAAUUUGCGCUGGCCCGUUAUAAGGAGAUCGUGGACACCCCUGAUAGUGGCAAUAUUGAUUAUGAAGGCGUCGAGUCGUCGGCAACCAAGCCGACAAAAGCUGCAAUCCGCGUGAAUGACCUGCUGGAAACAAUCACCGAACGAUACCAGCCUUUGUCGUCGUUCAGCCAGAAGCUUCGUUUUCUCAUCGAUAUCCAAAUCACAAUCUUCGACCAAUUUCACGAGCGUCUGCAUUCAGCCCUCGAAGCUUAUCUUACGAUGACAUCUGCAAUUGGCCGUACUGUGCAGGGUGCGGACGGUCAAGCCAGCGUUGAGGGUCUUGCCGGUUUAGAGCGGCUUUGCAGGGUAUUCGGAAGUGCGGAAUAUUUGGAAAAGAAGAUGGAAGACUGGAGUAAUGAAGUUUUCUUUGUCGAGCUCUGGUCGGAACUUCAAGAACGCGUCCGCCAGAACAAAGAUGGAGGCAAGAAUGUUGCAGGCUCUAUGUCUGUUGCUGAUGUGGCUUCCAGGACCUCUCCGGCUGUAAACGGCGGUCAAGGUACCGGAUCCCAAGGUGAAGGCGCAGAAGGUGCUUUGUUUGAUGAGACGGCAUCUGCAUAUCGUCGCCUAAGACUCCGAUCUGAGUCUGUAAUCACCUCAACACUAACAUCAAAUAUGCGAUCUGCCCUUAAGUCUUACACUCGCGUGUCCACCUGGGCAACUAUUUCGAGCCCCUCGGCCUCCACAACAGGGCCUCUACCCCCCACCGUUGAUCUUGUCCCGGCUAUGCAAGCUCUGUCCACCACCGUUUCUUUUCUCUCCCGCGCACUGGGCGUUGCUCCCUUGCGGCGUAUAAUCCGUCAGGUGCUUCUCUCUACCCAGACUUACCUCUGGAGUAACGUACUUCUCAAAAACAAAUUCUCAUCUUCUGGCGCAUCACAAUUGGAGAGCGAUGUUGACCAUCUCUGCGGCGUCGUCGACGUGGCUCUUGGUUCCGGAGCGCAAGCAGGAGGAGCGAAAAAGAUGCUCCAAAAGCUCAACGAGGGCCUUCUCAUUCUGAAUCUCAAGGCCCAUGGAUCCAAAGGCGAUGAUGAGCCUACUGUGGCACAGGAAGGGGCAGCAGAUGCCAGCCGAUACCCUGGGCUAUGGGUAGUUGAAAAGAGACUUUUUAAAGAUAACGAGAGUGCGAGGGAAAUGCUUGCAGAAUUAGGCCUUGAGAGUCUAAGUGAAGCAGAGGCUCGGAGCGUCCUGGAGAGGCGCGUGGAAAUUGGAAAGUAG